AUGAGGAAAGUGAAUUUACUCAACCGCUGCACUCGGCUCUUCCUGUUCGGCAUCGUAAUGCUGACCCAGCUCUGUGGCCUAACCACAUUCGUCUACGAUUUGAAGCGGGAACGCUUCUAUCAGUCCAAUACUCUGAGGGUGUAUUCUGUGCUGUUUCUAGUGUUCCUUACGGCACUCAUUGUGGGCAGUGCUUCCGCCGAUAUCAGCAUAAGGGAUGAUUGGGGGUCCUGGGUGGUAUAUUUUGUGAUUUUUGUGGUGCGUGUACAUAACAUUUUGUACAGUGGGCAGUGCGUGAGGCUGCUGAAUGAAAUGCACAGUCUGGUGAGGCAACUGCAGACAAUGGCCAAGCAUCCGAAUAUCUACCGAGGGCGGCAUCUACUGCUGCUCGUGCUGGCCCUUCACACUCUCAUACGUUCGCUUAUAUCGGCAAUGGGGCAGGACGCCAGGCACAAUAUCAUUCUGCUGGUGAUCAUUGCUGUUUUACUGGCCUUCCUGCUUCAGAUCACGAUCAACAUCUGCCUCUUUGUGGUGCUAAUUGCCUGCUACCAUGAGCUGCAUCUAUGCACGCGGCGGAUCUCCAAUGAUGUGGGCAAACUGCGACAGGCUCAGACUCGAGUGCUGGAGGGUGUCCACCUUUCGGUGCUGGUCGAACAACUUCGAUGCCUAACCGAGGAAUUGAUUAUCCUGCGAUCGAGGGUGUUUCACAUCGCUCGACGACUCAUCAAGCACUUUCGAUUCUACUGGCUGUGCGCCAUCGUACAAGGACUGGUACCCUUCAUAUUCCACACAGCCAUCCAACAGCGGCAUUUCUAUUUCCUGACCACUUCCGCGCUGAACAUAGUCUUCUACUUUACCAUAUUUGAGAUGUUGUCAAGGGGGUCGCGAUUGUCGCGAAGUUUCUGGCACUUCCACUUGACCAACUAUCAGCCCAGCUUCGACAGAACGAUUGAUGAGUUGGUACACCUGGAAAUCAAUGAGCACAUCAAAAUAUCUAUCUAUGGCAUUACGCUGGACAUGAAAUUCCUCUUCCGAGUGCUGUCUAUUUCCAUUUUCUUCAUAUUUGUGAACACGGAGAGCUACUGGCACCGCCAACGUUAG